GAUUAUUAAUAUAUAUCGGAUCGGAUCGGAUUGGAGGAAGAUGCCUCGCAGGUAUGCUUUCGGGAGGGCGGAAGAAGCUACCCAUCCUGACUCGGUGAAGGCAACCUUGUCUGAAUUCCUUUCCACCUUCAUCUUUGUUUUUGCUGGAGAGGGCUCUGUUCUCGCUCUCGAUAAGAUGUACUCGGACAGGGCCUUAAGUGCAUCGAGCCUAGUGGUGAUAGCUCUGGCACAUGCAUUUUCUCUGUUUGCUGCAGUGGCUUCCAGCAUGAAUGUCUCCGGCGGACACAUAAAUCCAGCUGUCACUUUCGGUGCACUUGUCGGUGGUAGGGUCUCCGUCCUCCGUGCUAUUUACUACUGGAUUGCUCAGCUCCUCGGCGCUGUUGUUGCUUCUCUCCUCUUAAGGCUCUCAACUGACGGCAUGAGACCGGUGGGAUUCUCGGUGGCUGCAGGAGUGGGAGGGCUGAACGCGCUGCUGAUGGAGGUGGUGAUGACAUUCGCACUUGUUUACACAGUGUACGCAACAGCUAUAGAUCCCAAAAGAGGAAGCCUGGGUACAAUAGCACCGCUUGCAAUAGCAUUCAUAGUGGGCGCUAAUGUGCUUGUGGGUGGGCCUUUCGAAGGAGCUGCGAUGAACCCAGCAAGAGCUUUUGGGCCGGCACUGGUGGGGUGGAGGUGGAAGAACCAUUGGAUCUAUUGGCUUGGCCCAUUUAUAGGUGCAGCUUUGGCUGGUAUCAUUUAUGAGUUUGGUGUCAUUCAGUCCGAAGCUGCUCCCCACCUUCCUGGCGGACAUCACCAGCCUUUGGCUCCAGAAGAUUACUAAUUCAGACACAUACACACACUCUCUUAUGUUAUGUGCCUGCGUCAAUAAAAUAAUGAGUACUCAUGAAUACUUGUUUUGUGUUGUAAUAAUAAUAAUGUUGAACCAACUUAUAAAUUAGCUUCCUCCUCCUCCUGCUGUGUGUGUGUGUGUUUUUUUGUAUUCGAGGAUGUAUUUUAAUUUCGUUGCCCAAGUACAUUUGAAGAAUACCUUCGCUGAUUA